AUGAGGGUCCGUCUCAUUCCAGUCGCCCUAGUGGCUGUUGGCAUAUUCAUUUUGAGCUGGGCCGCGCUAUCUAAAGGCUGGAGAGGCUCCGGUGAAAAUGUGGCAUUCUGUGCGGAUUGCUUGGGCUAUGUCAGAGAUGUCGAUACGAUGUUCCAGAAAAAUACUGGAGCUUGGGCCAACUCGCAGUUCUUUCGUUACGCCCUCGAUAAAUCGUGUCGAGGUCGGGUCCUGAUUACCGGUCGAUGUCUGCAGUAUCGACGCAGGCUUCUCAAGAAGCCUGCGAUUUUCAUGGCGCAACUUGAUAGUCCAUACGAGGCCUGUAGGGCCAUCCAAGCCUGUAAAUAA